CUGGAAGCUGAAUCGGCCAGUGUGUACAGAUGCGCAUCCACUCUUUGAUUGAAAUGAAGUCGACGUCCACAUACAGCAAAGAUAGCUGAUCAGGUGGCCCAGGCCUGCUUCCAGAGUUCAGUCAACUGAUCACGAGAAGCAAACAACGGGUACUCCGUAAAAUACCGCACGCUUCCCUCUGCUCCUCCAUCCCAGUGUCGGACAACCGCGAACACCUCAUCGCCAGACCAGGAGUGAUCGUAGACGAAGCGAGCGCUGGGUUGUACAUGGCUUGAAAGACCCCUGCUGAACAAAUGAUGCCGCCUUCAGCUGGAUGCUUUUGUUGACCAACAGACGUCCAUUCCGACACUGGCGCCCAAUGCUCAUGAUUUGGAUGGGAUAGCCAGCGACAAGUGUGCAUCGAGCUACGAAUGCCAGGAUCGUGAGACGGACCCAGUCUGUUUCCGACCUGCUUCCACUUAUAUCAGCAGGAAUCCCCCUCUUCUGUCUUAAAUUUGUGCCCAAAAGCUUCCAACGCUCAAUACUUCAUAUUCUGAUCCCUGCGUGUUUUCCCGAACACCACUAAGCAGCCUCCAUUUCUUGCUUAAAUACUUCAGCCAUGGUCAACAGAGUCGGGAACUGGUUGCCCGAUAAUCCCCACGUCCUGAGAAGAUGGGUCAACAAGAAAGUUCAACAGGUCAAAGCGAAUCCUCCCGAGCGGUCCGAGGUGGUGAAAGAGUUCUACGAUCUGGUCGUCACCGACCCCCAGCUGUACAUGCUCUUCAACGAGAUGCUGGCCGAAGUGCCCGCCAAAUACGAGAAAGACCCGGCCGGGCAUCCCGAGAUUCGAGACCUGAAGACCUUGUUUGACGUUUUCGACACCAUCCUGACCGAAGCACCCGCUUGGGAUAGCUCCGCGCAGGUCGGCACGCCUAUCAACGCCGUGCUCGACUGGCCAAUGGGCACCAAAGCGGGCUUUGCAGCGUUUCUGAAUCCCAAGGUCAAUCAACAAUUUCAGAAAAUGCUGACGACAUGGGCGCAGUUUCUGGGCAGUGACAAGUCAACGGGCACACUGAAUGCUGGCGACGGCGGCUGGUUCUCACAAACGGCGCUGAAUAGCCCUCACAUGGUGGACUUCGCCGAGAACUUUGGCGUGGACUUCACCAAGCCGGCGGGCGGGUUUCCGUCGUGGGACGGCUUCUUCACACGAGAAUUCCUGCCCAACCGCCGCCCCGUCGCCUCCCCGGGGGACGACAGCGUCAUCGUGAGCGCCGCCGAGGCCACCCCUUUCGCCGUCCAGCGGGACGUCAAACUCCACGACGCGUUUUGGCUCAAGGGCCAGAGCUACUCGCUGGCCCAUAUGAUGAACAACGACCCCCGCGCCGCGCAGUUCGUGGGCGGGACGGUGUACCAGGCCUUCCUCAGCGCCGACAGCUACCACCGCUUCCACGUGCCCGUGGCGGGCCGCAUCGUGGACCCGCCCACCUUCGUCGCGGGGACGUACUACUCGGAGCCGCUGCUCACGGGGUUCAGCCCGGACGACGACGACGACGACGACGACGGACCACCCAACCCGGACGCCGGCGCGGACGAGGCCUCGCAGGGGUACAUCUCGGCGGUGGCGACGCGGGCCGUGGUCUUCAUCGAGGCCGACAACCCGGCCAUCGGCCUCAUGGCCGUGGUCCUGGUGGGCAUGGCCGAGGUGUCGUCGGUCGAGAUCACCAUGCCGCCCCGGACGCACUUCGCCAAGGGCGACCAGCUGGGCAUGUUCCACUUCGGCGGCUCGACCCACUGUCUGUGCUUCCGGCCCGGCGUGCACCUGCAGUUCAAGUUCCCCGCCGACCUCCCCGGCCCGAACAACACGAUCCAGUGGCCCGUCAACAGCGCCCUGGCGACCGUGGUUGCGCCGCCGACCACGGGCUGAAUUAGACAGGUCAAGCGACAUGUCGUCAGAAAGCGUCGGUCCACUGACUACGGCCCUGGAUCGUAUGGCAUUUGGAAAGGAGAUUUGAGCCUUGGAGAGAGAAGGGGG